AUGAACGACAUUAAUACCUUAGAGGCUUCACCAUUAUUAGAGAGCUACAUUUCUGGAACGAUAUCAAAGGCCGGUUUUCAUGCGAACGGGAACGAUUACGAGCAUGGCUACUAUUUGGGCGAUGGUAUAUACCCGGAGUAUUCGAUUAUUGUUAAAACGUUUUCUGAAACGUUCGAUGAGAAAAGAAAGUAUUUUAAAAAACUACAAGAGUCUUCGAGAAAGGACAUGGAGAGGUGUUUUGGGGUUCUACAGCAACGAUGGCAUUUUAUCAGAAAUCCUUGUCGUAUGUGGCAUAAGGAUAGAAUACGAAUGACCAUGUAUGCUUGCAUCAUUUUGCAUAAUAUGAUCAUAGAGGAUGAUGGAAGAGCGAUAUGCCAAAACUAUAUUCCCGAAGAUUUAGUCGAAGGAACCCAAGCAACAAUGGAAGAGAGACUCGCAAAUGCUCAACUAUUGCGAUCUAAGGAAAUACAUAACACGUUGAAGGCGGAUUUGGUUGAGCAUGCUUAG